AUGGCGUCGAAGGCUUCGCCUUCCGCCUCUGCUAACAGAUCGGAGCCUCACCAGGAUCCUCCGGUAGAAGAAACUGCUAUGACCAGGGACCAAAAGGAGAUUUCAUUGAUUAUAGAUUCUCUGCAGAAGCAAGUUAUUUCUAACCGCGGUGUUUCUAUAAAGAAAAGAAUGGAAGAAAACAGGCAGAAAUUGGCUGCUGUCACUAACAAUUUUUAUAACUUGUCAUUGGAAAGAAGAAACAAUAGCUUAUUAAAUCCUGGUAAAAGUGUUGACCUAUUGACAAAGAGGCAACAAGAUGCAUUUAAGCUGCAAAAUGGUGAUGAAAGUAAUGGGAGCAAUGAUAGCUCUCAAGAAGAUGGGCGUGGUUCCACAGCAGUUCUUCUGGAAUCUAAUGUUGCUGUCAAGAAUGCUGUUCGCCCUAUCAAGCUUCCGGAAGUUAAAAGACUACCUCCUUAUACUACAUGGGUAUUUUUGGACAGAAAUCAAAGAAUGACUGAGGAUCAGUCGAUUUUGGGUCGAAGAAGAAUUUAUUAUGAUCAAAAUGGAGGUGAAGCUCUUAUAUGUAGUGAUAGUGAGGAGGAAGCAAUUGAUGAAGAAGAGGAAAAGAGGGAGUUUGUUGAAUCUGAAGACUAUAUACUUCGCAUGACUAUAAAAGAAGCUGGUGUCUCCGAUCCUGUGCUGGAGUCAUUGGCACAUUAUUUCUCCAGAAGCCCUACUGAAGUCAAGGCAAGAUAUGAAGCUCUUAUAAAAGAAGAGGAGUCCAUGGGGAUUUCUAAGAAUACGGAUGACGAAGACCUUUCAAAAAAUGACAAUUCUUUUCUUGAUAAAGAUCUGGAUGCAGCCCUUGAUUCAUUUGAUAACCUAUUUUGUCGGCGAUGCCUUGUAUUUGAUUGCAGAUUGCAUGGAUGUUCACAGGAUCUUGUCUUUCCUGCCGAGAAACACGCUCCUCGGAGUCCACCAGAUGAUGAAAAUUUGCCAUGUGGUCCAAAUUGUUAUAGAUCGGUACGGAAGUCUGAAGGUACAGUAAGCUCUCCGAUGAAUGACUAUCUGGAAGAGAAAGGUAGCAAGAGAUCUUCUGGUUUAUCUAGAAAGAAGGGAAAGUCCUUUCAAAGUGAAAGUGCUUCAUCAAAUGCAAAAAACAUAUCAGAAAGCAGUGAUUCGGAGAAUGAAACCAGGCAGGAUGAUACUUGUAGCCAUGAUCCAAUAUCCUCAAAGACUAAGGUAGCAGGGAAAAUUGGAACCCCUAAGAGGAACAGCAAGAGAGUUGCAGAGCGUGUUCUGGUUUGUAUGCAGAAGAGGCAGAAGAAAACAAUGGCUUCUGAUUCUGAUUCAAUAGUUGAUGGUGGUCUUUGUGCAAGUGAUACAAAGCUUAGAUCUAAUUCAUGCAAAGAUAAUGAAGACACUAGUUCGUCUUCGCAAAAGAAUCUAAAAUCUUCUACUAGUGGAAGGUCUAGGAGGGAAUCACCUUUGAAGGACAGUAACAAAGUAGUUCAGGGUGAAGUUGUUGAUGGCUCAUUAAAUGAGAUGAUCACUGAUCCACCUGCCACUAGUAGUGAUGACAAUUUGAGAAAAGAAGAGCAUGUAGAUGAAAACAUAUACAAGCAAGAAUGCAGUGAUGACAAAACUUGGAAAACUAUUGAAACAAGUCUUUUCGAGAAAGGCAUAGAGAUAUUUGGCAAGAACAGCUGUUUAAUAGCAAGGAACUUGUUAAAUGGCAUGAAAACUUGUUGGGAAGUCUUUCAGUAUAUGAAUUACUCGGACAGUAAGGUUUCCUGCCAAGCAGGUGAUGCUGCAAACUCCCUUGUUGAAGGGUAUUCCAAGGUUAAUUCUAGUGAUUUGUGAUCAGGUAAUAAUGAAGCAAGAAGAAGAUCAAAAUUUUUACGUAGGAAGGGUAGAGUUCGUCGCUUGAAGUACACUUGGAAGUCUGCUGCUUACCAUUCGAUCAGGAAACGAAUUACUGAUAAAAAAGAUCAACCAUGCAGGCAGUAUAAUCCAUGUACUUGCCAAACAGCUUGUGGAAAGCAGUGUAGUUGUCUUCUAAAUGGGACAUGUUGUGAGAAGUACUGUGGGUGUCCUAAGAGUUGCAAGAAUAGAUUUAGAGGCUGUCAUUGUGCUAAAAGUCAAUGCCGAAGUCGUCAAUGCCCAUGCUUUGCUGCAGAUAGGGAAUGUGAUCCAGAUGUUUGUAGGAAUUGCUGGGUCAGUUGUGGUGAUGGUAGUCUUGGGGUUCCGAACCAAAGAGGUGAUAAUUAUGAGUGUAGAAAUAUGAAGCUUCUUCUGAAACAACAACAAAGGGUCUUACUUGGAAGAUCUGAUGUAUCUGGCUGGGGUGCUUUCUUAAAGAAUAGUGUCAGCAAGCAUGAAUAUCUUGGUGAGUAUACUGGGGAGUUGAUCUCACAUCGUGAAGCAGAUAAGCGUGGAAAAAUAUACGACCGUGAAAAUUCAUCAUUUCUCUUCAAUCUGAAUGAUCAGUUUGUUCUUGAUGCCUAUCGGAAGGGUGAUAAAUUGAAGUUUGCCAACCACUCUCCAGAUCCAAAUUGCUAUGCAAAGGUCAUUAUGGUUGCUGGAGAUCACAGGGUGGGUAUAUUUGCCAAGGAACGAAUUGCUUCGGGAGAGGAACUUUUCUAUGAUUACCGUUAUGAGCCAGAUAGAGCUCCUGCUUGGGCUCGGAAGCCUGAGGCAUCCGGGUCAAAAAGAGACGACACAGCCCCGUCAAGUGGUCGCGCAAAGAAGCUUGCUUAA